AUGGAGUUUUCUGGUGACCUAUUUCAAUACGAUACCGAGGAACGUUUGAAUGCAUUCGAGACAUCACCUUCAUCCGAGAGAACUGUUGUCUUUAUUGGUGGUUUAGGCGAUGGAUUCAACGCAGUACCUUUCCUUGAGCCCCUUUACAAAAGCAUCUCUGCUCUCGGCUGGUCUUUGACACAGGUCCAGCUUAGUUCUAGCGUAGAUGGCUUUGGAACAAGCAAUCUUCAAACAGAUUGUAGACAGUUGGAUACCUUGGUUGAGUACCUCAAAUCAAAGCGUCAAAAGAAGCACAUUGUCUUUAUUGGCCAUUCUACAGGUAGUCAAGAUUGUUACUGGCACAACAAAAAUGGCAAGCACAACCAAGAUAUUAAUGGCUACAUCCUUCAGGCGCCUUGCUCGGAUCGACAAUACUUGGAAAGCUUGGAAAACUAUCAAUAUCUGGUGGAUUUGAGUACCAAGAUGAAGAAUGACGGUAAUGGACAGGAAAUCAUGCCCAGAAAAGCGCAUUGGUCACCCAUCACGGGAGAUCGAUUCUACUCAUUGGCUGCCAAAUUUGGCGAUGAUGAUGUAUUCUCUACUGACUUUACUGACGAUGAGAUAAAGAAACUGUUUGAGGGCGUUGAUCGACCUAUCGUCUGGGUAUAUGGAGAAAAGGAUGAAUACUACAUGCCAUCCAAUGGAGAUCCUCAAAAGAGCAUUGACAGAUUCAUGCGGCUUGUACCUGCUAUCAAGGAAGGCCAUCUAAUUCCCAACGCAGAUCAUUGUAUUACGGAUAAGGGGGCCCAGCAAGUCUUUUGCAAGGUUGUAUCAGACUUUUUAACCGUGAUUGACAAGGCAUAA